GUUUAUUUAAUAUUUUCUCUUUAUUACCCACUUCUCUCUCAAUCUCUCAUCAUCAUAUAAAGUUAUAAACUUCACCAAAAUAUUUCAUUUCUUUUUGUGCUCUCUCUCUCUCUCUCUCUCUUUCUCUCUCUCUUUCUCUCAUUCUCUCCCAUUUAUAUAUUUCUUCCCUUUUCUUUUCUUUUUGGGUUUCAUAUUAUUUUUAAGAGUGUAAGAAAAAUGGUAAGAAAGUGCUCACAUUGUGGAAACAUAGGUCACAAUUCAAGGACUUGCUCAAACAUUAGAGGUUCAAUAAUAACACCUAAUUUGAAUGUUGGUAGUAACUGUGGUUUAAUUAGGCUUUUUGGAGUUCAUCUUGAUUCUUAUAAUUCUUCUUCUUCAACUUCUUCUUCAACUACUUCUUCUUCUUCAAAUGCUUCUUAUUCUUCAACUGCUUCUGCCUUUUCCAUUAAGAAAAGCUUUAGUACCGAUUGCUUGUCUUCGUCCUCGUCUUCUUCUUCUCGAAUUCAUAUCGAUAAUCAUCACCAUCAUCAUCAUCAUCUUGAACAUUAUUCUAAAUCUCCCAGUAAUGGCUAUCUCUCUGAUGGCCUUCUCAAUGGAGACCAGGAAAGGAAGAAAGGGGUUCCAUGGACAGAAGAAGAGCAUAGAAAAUUCCUAAUUGGGCUUGAAAAGCUUGGAAGAGGAGAUUGGAGAGGAAUUUCGAGGAACUACGUAACCACGAGAACUCCGACACAAGUCGCUAGUCAUGCUCAAAAGUAUUUUCUUAGACAAUCUACUCUCAACAAAAAGAAUAGACGCUCUAGUCUCUUUGAUAUGGUUGGGACAGCAUAUGAAACAACAACAACAGCAGCACUGUCUCAAUGUUUGAAGAUAUCAUCAAAUUCUCAAAAUGAUGAUGAUGAUGAUAAUAAUAAUAUUAUCAUUGAUCAUUACAACAAGAAGGAGGUGAUGAGUAACAUUACAACUACUUUUGCAAGUUCUUCCCAACAAUUACCUUACAAUAAUACUAAUACUAAUAAUAAUAAUAUGGAAGUAAUUAACAACAAAAACAAUAAUAAUCAUAAUCAAAUUUCUUCAUCUUCUUCUUCUUCACUUUGGGUUUAUGGUUUGAUUAAUUCACACCUUAAAUCACCUCCUAAUUUAUAUAAUAAUUAUUCCAACUCUACCCCUCCAAAAUAUCCUAUUAUUUCUUCUUCUUCUUCUUCAAAUGAUCAUCAACCUCAUCUUGAGCUCACUUUGGCUUCUCCAAUGGCUUCCAAUUUAGAAUUGGAACAAAACAAAAACCCACCAACUAUUAGUGUUACCUAAAUUGUUGUUAAUUAAAAUUAUAAAUUUCUAUAUAUUUUUCCCUCUCCCCUUUUUCCUUGGAAGAAAAAUAAAUAAAUAAAUAAAUAGACAAUAUCAUUAUUAUUGUUGUUGUUGUUGAUGUGAAUUAUAUUAAUUACAAGUUCUCUUUUUGUUUUUGUUAGAAAUUUUUAUGUUAUAUAUAAUUUGUCUUUAUGGAUGAUGGCUCAAUUCCUAGCUGCUACAAAAGUUUAUUUGUAAGAAUAAUAAUAAUAAUUGAUGUUAUGGGAUAUCAAUUACAAGUCACUUUUCUUUGUGAGA